AUGGGUCAUGGUGUUAUCCCGUCGAGCGAAUUUGAUAAUAGUUCAUACAUACAAGCAGUUCGAAUUAUACCUCCACGUUCUCCAUCAAAAGACGAAAAGUUUUACUUUGUUAUAUUAACUAUGAUCAAUGAAUACAAUAGUAUAUAUGAAUUCACCGGACACGAAGAACAAACUAUAGCUCGUGAAUCAUACGCAACGAACGAUUUAGAAUACUUUUUAAUUUCUCUUAAUUCAUCAAUCAAAGCCAUUUUUAUCACCGGCUUCUAUCCAUUACCUCUAGUCUCUGUCACAAACAUAAUUUUUUCAGAAACACGACAAAUAAAUUUUGUUUUAAUUCCGAACUACGAUACUACAUAUCACAUUCUGGUUUCAUCCAAAAAUCGAACAGUCACAUAUUAUACUAAUUCGACCGCCCCCAACAUAUUAGAACCCGAGAGUAACAUUUUUAUUCGAGAAAACACAUAUUGUAUUAUUUCAUUUGAAAUCGAAUAUAAUUCACAUAUGUUUGAAUUUACGAUUGAUUCUAUGGAACUUCAUAAUGAUUUCUUACGUGACCAAGACUAUUUUUAUGGUGCUCGCGAAUCUAACACUCAAAUUUCAUCCUAUUUUACAAGUCUCCUAAAUUUUGAAAGAUAUUCACCAAUAAGUCUAGGAAUAAUACCAACAAAUAAUGCUUCAGAUGUAUGCAUAUAUGUUCACUGCGCAUUCUUACCAAAUCCUUAUAUGGAUGGCCACGUCUUUGCAUAUGAUAGUAGCUCAAAAGAACUGAAUUUGA